GCUAUUGCCAGUCAACAUGACUUGAGUCCAUGGAUACGACGGGGAGGAUCUAAAGGGAAGCUAUUGAUAAACUAUUUAUAGUUUAUGUAUUUGCACUUAUAACCUACUGGGGCUGGCUACCCAUAUCCAGUCGUCAUUCGUUGGCGUUUUUCAUUAUUGAGUAAUAUUAGGGGGAUCAAGCAAAACUGAGUUGUUACGCAACUCAUCCACGUGAAGACACCUGCCGUUCGUGACCAGGAAAGGGGUCGGAAGUGGCUAACAUAUUUAACUCAACCCUGGACGACGACACUCGGGAAUAUGACGACGAAUUAAACUUCUAAUUAGAUGAAAAAACUUUACGGGAUUAUCAACAAUCAUGAGAUAUUGUCAUUUAUAAAACGCUGAAGUGACUUUUCAGUUUUCGUUGAUAGUGUUGAACCAUGUCCGUAAACGAGUUAUAUUCAAAGUACACUCGGGUGUGGAUCCCAGACCCAGAGGAUGUAUGGAGAGCUGCAGAGAUCAUCAAGGACUACAAGGAGGGAGAGCCAAUCCUGCACCUCAAACUUGAAGAUGAAUCGCUGUUGGAAUACCGCAUCGGACCCAAAGACAACCCUCUUCCCUUCCUCCGGAACCCUGAUAUCCUGGUGGGGGAGAAUGACCUCACAGCGCUCAGCUACCUUCACGAGCCUGCUGUCCUGCACAACCUCAAAGUGCGCUUCCUCGAGCCCAACCACAUCUACACAUACUGUGGUAUCGUACUGGUGGCCAUCAACCCCUACGACCAGCUUCAGAUCUAUGGAGAGGAGGUCAUCAAUGCCUACAGUGGGCAGAACAUGGGAGACAUGGACCCACACAUCUUUGCUGUUGCUGAGGAGGCAUACAAGCAGAUGGCCAGAGAUGAGAGGAACCAAUCCAUCAUAGUAAGUGGGGAGUCGGGGGCAGGGAAGACCGUCUCUGCUAAGUACGCCAUGCGGUUCUUCGCCACUGUGGGAGGGUCGGCCAACGACACCAACGUUGAGGAGAAGGUGCUGGCCUCCAGCCCCAUCAUGGAGGCUAUUGGAAAUGCGAAAACCACGCGCAAUGACAACAGCAGUCGUUUUGGGAAGUACAUCCAGAUUGGUUUUGACAGGCGUUAUCACAUAAUAGGUGCCAACAUGCGCACGUAUCUGCUGGAGAAGUCGAGGGUGGUGUUCCAGGCUGAGGAUGAGAGGAAUUACCACAUCUUCUAUCAGUUGUGUGCCUCUGCUAGCUUCCCGGAGUUCAAAGACCUAGCCUUGACCAGUGCGGAAGACUUCAUCUUCACAUCGCAAGGAGAGAACAUCUUCAUUGAGGGGGUGAAUGAUGCCGAGGACUUCAAGAAGACCAAGGAAGCCUUUACACUACUGGGUGUUAAGGAGAGCAAUCAAAGCAGCAUCUUCAGAAUCAUAGCUUCCAUUCUGCAUCUGGGGAACGUGGAGAUCUGCUCGGAGAGAGACGGAGACUCCUGCCACAUAUCAAGGAACGACCCUCACUUGACGCACUUUUGCCGGUUGCUGGGGGUGGAGCUGGAGCAGAUGGAACACUGGCUAUGUCACAGGAAGCUGGUCACCACGUCAGAGACCUACGUCAAGAACAUGUCCCGCAAACAGGCGGCUAAUGCCCGCGACGCGCUCGCCAAACACAUCUACGCCCACAUGUUUGACUGGAUCGUGGAGCACGUCAACAAGUCCCUGCACACCUCCUCCAAACAACACUCCUUCAUCGGUGUUCUGGACAUCUACGGAUUUGAGACCUUUGAGAUAAACAGCUUCGAGCAGUUCUGCAUCAACUACGCCAAUGAGAAACUGCAGCAGCAGUUCAACCAACAUGUAUUCAAGCUGGAGCAGGAGGAGUACAUGAAGGAGCAGAUCCCCUGGACGCUCAUCGACUUCUAUGACAACCAGCCGUGUAUCGACCUCAUCGAGGCCAAGCUGGGCAUUCUGGACCUGCUGGAUGAGGAAUGCAAGGUGCCCAAAGGGACAGAUCAGAACUGGUGCCAGAAGCUGUACGAUCGCCUUUCAAGCAGUGUCCAUUUCCAGAAACCACGGAUGUCCAACAUAUCUUUCAUUAUCAUUCAUUUUGCUGAUAAGGUUGAGUACCAGUGUGAUUGCUUCCUGGAGAAGAACAGAGACACCGUCUACGAGGAACACAUCAACAUUCUGAAGGCCAGCAAGUUUCAGCUCGUGGCGGAUCUGUUCCAGGACACUAAUAAAGAUGGAAGCAGCUCCACGUCUUCUUCCAGCAAGUCCUCCAGGAUCAACGUGCGCUCAGCCAAACCGACACCUAAAGUCCCCAACAAGGAACACAGGAAAACAGUGGGCCACCAGUUCCGCAGCUCCCUGCAGCUUCUCAUGGAGACCCUGAAUGCCACCACCCCCCACUAUGUCCGUUGCAUCAAGCCUAAUGAUGAGAAGGAGGCAUUCUCGUUUGACUCUAGGAGAGCUGUGCAGCAACUGAGGGCAUGUGGAGUCCUGGAGACCAUCCGCAUCAGUGCUGCUGGGUACCCAUCAAGGUGGACGUACCCAGACUUCUUCAACAGAUACAGAGUCCUCAUGAAGAAGUCAGAUAUGACCGUAGGAGACAAGAAACUGGUGUGUAGGAACCUACUUGAGACCCUGGUCAAGGACCCAGACAAGUUCCAGUUUGGUAAGACCAAGAUCUUCUUUCGGGCGGGCCAAGUGGCCUACCUGGAGAAGCUGAGAGCAGACAAGUUCCGCUCCGCCUGCAUCAAGAUCCAGAAGACAGUGCGACGCUGGCUACAGAUGGUCCGCUACAAGAAGAUACGCAAGUCUGCCAUCACCUUGCAGAGAUUUGGCCGCGGUUACAUGGCCCGCAGGUAUGCCGAGCGGCUGCGUCUAACCCGCGCUGCUGUUAUCUGUCAGAAGCAGUAUCGUAUGGUCCGAGAGCGGACGGCCUAUCUGAGGGUGAGACAGGCUGUUGUCACCAUCCAGGCCUUUACCAGGGGCAUGUUCACCCGCAGGAUCUUCCAGGAGUUCCUUCUGCAUCACAAAGCCAUGAUCAUCCAGAAGCAUGUCCGAGGCUGGCUCACCAGGAGGAAGUUCAAGGUGGCACGGAACGCCGCCAUCACCAUCCAGUGUGCCUACCGCCGCAUGCGAGCCAAGCGGGAGCUGAAACAGCUGAAGAUUGAGGCGAGGUCCGCUCAACAUCUGAAGAAGCUCAACACGGGCAUGGAGAACAAGAUCGUCCAACUGCAGAGGAAGAUGGAUGACCAGACCAAAGAUCUGAAGACUCAGAAUGAGCAACUGGUGGUGGCCAAAGUCUCCCUGGGCUCAGAGGUGAACAAGCUGCAGAAGGAGCUGGAGACCAUGCGCAGUCGCCAGGGAGACGGCAGUCAGUUGACCUCUCUGAAGGAUGAGCUGGAGAAGCUGAGGGCGGAGCUCCAGGAAGCACACGCCCACAGGAAGAAGCUGGAGGAGGAGCACAGCAACGAGAAGAUGAGAUUUGAACAGAGAGUGGAGGAGCUGGAGAGGGAGAAUUCCCUGCUGAAGAGUGAAAAGGAGAAGAUGAACCAAAGGAUUCUGCACCACUCCAAGAGCACAGAAGACCAGGAGAGCAGUGCAUCCCAGAGUGUGGGUCGGGUCCAGGCAGAGCUGGAUGAGGAGAGGCAGCGCUAUCAGAACCUGCUCAGGGAGUUCUCCAGACUGGAGCAGAGAUAUGACAACCUACAGGAGGCCAAGUUUCAGCCUGGCCACAGGAGGAACAAUUCUACCCAGAGCAGCCUGGAGUCUGACUCCAAUUAUCCCUCCAUUUCUACCUCGGAGGUGGGAGACACUGACGAUGCCAUCCAACUCGUAGAGGAGAUGGGAGUGGAGAAGGCAGCAAUGGACAUCGGUGUGUUCAUGAAGCUGCAGAAGCGUGUUAGGGAGCUGGAACAGGAGAGGAAGAGACUGCAAGUCAACCUGGAAAAGAUGGAGGACCAAUCUCAGCGCAAGGGCAUUGAGCCAAAGACGACAUCAGAGCAAGAGAAUGCGGAUCUGGCCUACAACAGUCUCAAGAGACAGGAGCUGGAAUCUGAGAACAAGAAGCUGAAGAAUGACCUGAACGAGCUGAGGAAGGCCAUCGCUGACCGCGCCUCCAAGAACAGCUCCUCCAAUGAGCUUCAGGACGGCUACAACCUGUUGCUGGGCCAGCUCAAGGCAGCCAAUGAGGAGCUGGAUGUGCGUAAGGAGGAGGUCCUUAUCCUCAGGAGUCAGAUUGUCACUGCAGCCCAGCAGAAAGAGAAGGAGACAACCAAUCACAUUGAAACCAAUAACUUGCCUGAAUGGAUCAACAGCAAGAAGCCCAUAGACAAGGAGGAGGCUCUGAGGUCCUAUCAUGGAAUCUGUGAGUCUAAGAAGCUGUUGGAGGCCCAGCUCCAGUCUCAGGCCAGGAAGCACGAGGAUGAACUGGAGGCGUUCCGCACCCAGAUUGAGCUGCUAAGGGACGACAUAGAGAAGAAGCAGGAGAUGCUAAACCACACCAUGUCUCUGUCCCCUGAGGCCCAGGUGGAGUACAGCGUCCAGCAGGAGAUCACCCGCCUCACCAACGACAACCUGGACUUAAAAGAGCUUGUUGAGAAACUGGAGAAGAACGAGAGGAAGCUGAAGAAGCAGCUGAGGAUCUACAUGAAGAAAGUACAGGAGCUGGAAGUGUCCGUGACUGCAGCAGCAUCCCAGUCCACCACGGCCAAACCAGAGAUGACCCGUCAGGUGACUGUCCAGCGCAGAGAGAAGGACUUUGAGGGCAUGCUGGAGUACUACAAAGAGGACGAGGCCCUGCUGGUCAAAACGCUCAUCACCGACAUGAAGCCCCACGCUGUAUCAGCAACAGUGCCCUGCCUACCUGCCUACAUCCUCUUCAUGUGCAUCCGCCAUGCGGACUACAUCAACGAUGACCAGAAGGUCCACUCUCUGCUCACCUCCACCAUCAACGCCAUUAAGAAGGUCCUCAAGAAAAACAAUGAUGACUUUGAGAUGACCUCCUUCUGGCUGGCCAACACGAGCCGUCUGCUGCACUGUCUCAAGCAGUACAGUGGAGAUGAGGCGUUUAUGACUCAGAACACGGCCAAGCAGAAUGAGCACUGUCUGAAGAACUUUGACCUGGCAGAGUACCGCCAGGUGCUGAGUGACCUCUCCAUCCAGAUCUACCAGCAGCUCGUCAAGGUGGCAGAGCAUGUGAUGCAGCCCAUGAUCGUGUCGGCCAUGUUGGAGAGUGAGUCUAUCCCCAGCCUGGCGGGAGUGAAGCCCAUGGGUUACAGGAACCGCUCCUCCAGCAUGGACAAGGACGAGGAGGGCCCAGGGAGCUACACCCUGGAGGCCCUGAUCAGACAGCUGGGCCAGUUCCACGGGGUGAUGGGCGAGCACGGCCUGGACCCAGAGAUAGCAGGUCAGGUGAUCCGGCAGCUGUUCUACAGCAUCAACGCUGUCACCCUCAACAACCUGCUGCUCAGGAAAGACGUCUGCUCCUGGAGCACUGGCAUGCAGCUCCGGUACAACAUCAGUCAGAUGGAGGAGUGGCUUCGGGGGAAGAACCUCCACCAGAGCGGGGCGGUGAUUAACAUGGAGCCCGUCAUCCAGGCCGCCCAGCUGCUUCAGGUCAAGAAGAAGACGUCCCAGGACGCCGAGGCCAUCUGCUCACUGUGUACCGCUCUCACCAUGCAACAGAUUGUGAAAAUCCUCAACCUCUACACCCCGCUCAACGAGUUUGAGGAAAGAGUAACUGUGUCCUUCAUCAGAAACAUCCAGAAUCGUCUGCAGGAGAGGAACGAUGUCCCAAUGCUCCUGGUGGACACCAAGCACACCUUCCCUGUCCUGUUCCCCUAUACCCCCUCAGCCCUCAGCCUGGAGACCCUUCACAUCCCUGCCAACCUCAGCCUACACUUCCUCACUCGAGUCUGAGGCUUCAGCGAGUCCUACCACAGGCCUGGUUCUUAGCAAGGAGAAGCAGAGCCCAACGGAGCUCCCUCUAACCUGGGUAGCUUUCAGUUGCUCUGCUAAACAGCAGAGGGUGCCAAGUCUACAGCGCUCAAUGGAAGGCAAAAUAACCUUCCAGCUGACCAACAAUGGAUGCUGUCAAGCUUCGGUCUGUGUAAAUCCAGCAGAAUGUGUCAAGUCAUUCUUUAGAGCUGCCCACAACUGCUUCCUCUAUUUGGCGUCUUCUACAGUGGGCUAUUGAGAUGCUGUGCUUCGUCAGUUCUGUCCCAUACAGUCAAAUGUAUUUUAAUUCGCUGUAAGUCGUCUCUCUAUGGUAAGCCGACUGUAAAUACAUUCCUCUUAAAGAUGAAUUGAAUCUGUGUAAAUGUGUGCUCUCACUUCCAUUGACAAGGUAUUGAUUCCCAGUUAGCCACUCCGCCAAGCAUUCAGUGUCCUGUUUUAUUUAUUGUACAGUAGGCAGUGGUCUACCGUGUCAGUCUGGCUUCCUCAUGAUGAGUUAAUUGUAGCCUCACUCAUCUCUACACCCUGUCAAUGGACAGCAGAUCAGACUCGGGAGCAGCCCUGCAUUGCAGUGGCUCUGUUUGUGACUCACAGUCUACACGCAGCACUGUGGCUCUGCUGCUCUCGAUCCUUCCUCUGCCUUGAGGAAUCCUCAGUCUUCAGAGCCCUUCUCUCACUGAGGCUCGAGUUUGAUCUUUAUAUAAGAGCCAUAUCUCUUCUGUGUUCAGAUCCGAGCACACCGUCACACCAUCUCCUACUACACGCUAUGGUCCAGGAAGUCUGAAGCGCUCAACAAAUCUCUGAGAGAUUAGUUGUCGUUUUUACGCUGAAUUCCAUUCAAAAUGAAUUGAACCCGUAUCAUCUCCGAAUCAGGAGAAGUGAAGGCAAGCUUUACGUAAGUGGGGUAGAUCCAUGUGUUUGUGAAGACUAGGGUUGAGUCGAGAUGGGCGAGAGAGAACUUGAAAAUGGGACUGGAGAGUCUCCUGUGCAGAGUAAGGAAAUAGCCGUAUUCCUGCAGGACAGACUUAGCCUGCUUUCAAAUCUGUUUGUGCGGUCUUGCCAACUCCUGCAUGGCAUGACAAUGACUGGCAGGAGUUGGCAAGACUGUCGUUUCCUUGGACUGCUGCCACAGUUGUGAAGCAGAGAGCACGUGGAAGGUCAAAGUCACUUCAUGAUGAUACUUGGAGAGCACUGUAUCUCAAAGUUAAGACUGCGAGCGUAUCUGCUCCAUGAAACUGAAGUAAUAAAUAACAGAUCAUGUCUGCAACUCCACUGUUUCCGCACCGGCUAUUCCUAUUGGAUAGAAAACACAUACUGUUGUUGAGCCUCUGAAGUUUUAAGCUCGUCUUCAAAUCACGUUCAGAGAUAUCAGAGCAGCUUUUACUAGAACAAAGCCUGUGUGGGGAAAGGUCUCUAGCUACUAAUGAUGCCACUAACAUGUACAGGACCAUCUUUGAUUCACCUUGUGCUUGUAUUUUGUCUGGAAUAUGUUCAUGUGUUUAUUUUAGUUAUUUUUUAUUACUGUUGAGAGUUUAUGGUAAAGGGAGCAGGCUUUUUCUUACACUACUACUCGCUCAUUUUGAGUGUCAUUCCUAUUUCCGUUGUGUGGUUAUAUAACUUGGUCUUCUGUCGAUUUUGUGCCAUUAUAGUAGAGUUUCAGAUGCAGGUUCCGAUCACAUCCUUUCUGCUACUCACCUUUCUGCUACUCUAAAGAACUUGAUAUUGCUUAUGUUAAGACUGGAAGUUCAGUAUUUUUCACUGCAUUCCUCUUUAUGUCAUAACUUACGAUCAUAUCCAUUAUAUCAUGAGGCUAUACACAGAAUAAAAUAUUUCACAGGGGCCACAUCCCCAGAGGCCUUCAGUCUAUGGGCCCUGUGUGCCAUAAUAACAGUUAGAAAACACAAACAAUGCAUACAUUUAACAAUGUCGUAAUGUUCAUCGAUAUAAAAAUAGAGUCGCACACUCUAUAUAUAAACUCCCAGUAAUUUAUUGGGUAAAAUCAUUGAUGAAAUUAAACUGGAGUCGAGGCCCUGGUGUGUAAUUAGAGUAUGGAUGCCAACGUUCAUACAUUGAUUUAUGUGUUGUCCUUAAUUGAAGAUUUUUCUAAAGCAAUGGUCUUGUCCUAAAGUUGAAUCUUGAUGUGGACUUUAUAGAAGUGUGUUUGAUUGUAUGCAGAUUAGUACAUGUUGCACAGUAUGAAAAUGGUGACAUGGACACAUUUAUUCUGCCAACAUCUCAUUGAAUGAUCAAGGAUUGUGAAUUAUUUUAGAUGAAGCAUUGAAAGCCCACAAUGAUCUGGUUUUGUGGAUGAGUAAAUGAUAAGCAAAUGCAUAUGACAAUGUUUGUAUGGUCAGGGUGAUGUAUGGUUUUCCAUCUCAUAUCUGUAUAAUUAGGAAAUGUAUUUAGUCAUGGGGGGGGGGGAUUAAAAUAGUGUAUUGACUCAGUUUGAACAAAAUGUAACCUCACAAUCUUUCUUUGAAAAAAAUGUUGUAAAAAUAAAAUGUUCAAUUUAUA